AACGCGGCUGUCCUUGCGCGGCAAGAGCAUCGCUGAAAUAAUUUAGAGUAUGUCGCCUCCUGCUUCUAUUGUUUGCUGUCUUACCUCUUUUAACUUUCUACAGUCACUAUCUAAUCGCGGUUAAUCUCCCUCCUGCAUCUCUCCGGCCAUUUAUUUCUAAACCUAUCCAAAUCCAUCUUCAUCUUUCAAAUAUUCCACGAUAACUUCGAAUCUAAUCGCGUAAGGUUGCGCUCGGAAAACACAUCAAUUCCCAACGCAUGUACGCGCCUUUCGCCAACUCCGACGAUCUGCCCACAGCCCGAUAGCUGCUGUAAUCCACCAUGGUGUUAUUGUCGGAUUCUUCGUCGAUAAGCUCUCUAUCGUCCGACUCGCCUGAAGCGGGCAAUGACUUUGACGAUACCGAGGUUGUUGACGAACCAGCGCCGCCCCCUUCGAAACGACAGAAACUAGGAGAGUCGAGAGCAUCGUCUUCCGUGCAUGUCGAGCCAGAACCCGAACCCGAACAAGAGUCGGACCAUGAUUUAGAUGGCGACAUCUCGUCAGAUACUUCCGGAGACAUUCCCAAUUCGCCAAUAAACGCAAAGCUAGACGAAGAUGAAUUCCAGGAGCAAGUCACAGUGUGCGCCUGGGAUGGAUGUCGAGCAGGCGACUUAGGCAAUAUGGACAAACUCGUUGAGCACAUCCACAACGAUCAUAUCGAGAGCCGACAGAAGAAGUACACGUGCGAAUGGGUUGGUUGUACUAGAAAAAGCAUGGCGCAUGCAAGCGGAUACGCACUGAAGGCCCAUAUGAGAAGUCACACAAGAGAGAAGCCUUUCUACUGCUACUUGCCCGAAUGCGACCGCGCUUUUACCAGGUCUGAUGCGCUAGCUAAGCAUAUGCGGACUGUUCACGAGACUGAGGCUUUGCGACCAUCGGACCCAGUGCCUAAGAGUAUGCAGACCCAAUCCGGGCCCAAGUCGGGGAAGUUGAAGAUUAUUAUCAAAACUCCACAAUCCCAUGCUGCCGGCCAAGACGAUGCCGUCGAUGACGGGGACGCAGGUUCUGACAUGACGGAUUUUUUUACUCCCUUGACAGAGCAACAAGGCUUCUCGAAUAACGAGUUGGCUAUGGACAUUAAGACACUCUACAAACUAUGCGUGGCGAAUGUCAAGUGGGCAAUGAAAGAAGGUGAAGCCUUAAAACAAGAGUGCAAAGAGAUGGAAGACAUUUACAGGCAGGAAUGGUUAGAGAAGGAAGCUCUACUUGAUCAAGUCAUCCAGAUCGAAGAAGACUGGUGGCAGAGGCGUGAAUUAGUCCUUAGGGCAGAGGCGGAUGCCCAAAUGACCAAGAGCAGAGAGACAGCCGGAUCUAUAGGGGAUGAACAGGAUGUAAUGAUGGAUUCACAUGCUAGGGCCGCCAGCUCCGCGGACUAGGAUUACGGCGAACGAAACACGCCUGGGUCCCACACUUCCUAUGGUCAAAAUUUGCUGCAUAUCAAACCCCUGGGAGUUGGAAACAGGAGGCUAAUAACGUUCUCUGCGGACGAGGUCUACGGGGAUGGGGAUUAUUAAGAUAGAGUGCGUUCGGAGUCAUGACGGGAUACCGGGAUGUGUUUAAGGACCCAACAGGGACGAAUUGCUUCUUUAGUGAAAUAUACUAAAGGUUACUGUUAGCAAUGCGGACGAAGUUUACCUCUCGUCCGGCCUCGUUAAUAUUUAGUGCUCAUGAGUAUCACUACUCAUGCCAUUUGCGCUUUCAUGAAAUGAUGGCACGCUCAGCUAACGGUUAUAUACCAAAAUCAACUAAUUACUACUGA